AUGGUUGGACACGGCCAAUAUACCACCGAGAAGGUGACUUAUCCAUCUCACGGAGAGACCAUCGCAGGCAUACUUUAUCGCCCGACAAAUGUCUCCAACCCGCCCGGAGUCGUCCUUAUUGGACCCUACUCUUUCGUCAAAGAGCAGGCACCGCUACAGUAUGCGACACGACUUGCCGACGAGGGCUACGCCGCCUUGAUCUUUGACCCACGCACCGUUGGCGAGAGCACCGGAAUGCCACGACGACUGGAGAAUCCCAAGAUGAAGAACGAAGAUGCCAUUUCGGGACUCGAUUAUCUUGUCAGUCGAGGCGACGUUGAUACAUCGAAUCUUUUCCUCGUUGGGAUCUGCCAGGGCGGACCUGAAUCUCUGGACAUUGCCUCGUACGAUGAUCGAGUAAAGGCAGUUGCUUCGGUCACGGGCUAUUUCCGCGAUCGCGAAACCGACAUCUACAUGAUCUGUUCCGGCUGCGUCGCCUGGGAGCCGGGCGCCGACAUUGCGUCGAUGAAGAUGCCGACCCCGGAGCAAGGCGAGGCACUCUACAAUGCACGACUUGAACGAGCGCAAAAGGCUCGGGACCUGUACGAGAAGACCGGCGAAGUCGUCUACCAGCCGUUAGUUGAUCCAAAGGCUGCCGACCCUACGACUGGGUCUCUUGCCGGCCUCCCAGGCCCUGUCGUCUGGUCAUGGUACGGGCCCUGGACGCUCAAGAACUUUGAGAACCGCUACGCGGUGAUGAGCGACUUGGAUCACUUCAGUUACACCACUGUACCCGGCGUGGCGAAGCUGAACAAACCCGCCCUUAUAAUCCACGGAGAUAACUGCAUGAAUGCCGCGGCAGCCAAGCGACAUUUCGAUUCAAUUCCCACCAAGAACAAAAAGCUUGUCUGGAACAACGAAGUGUCGCAUUUUCAACAUUACGAUCAGCCGGACUGUGUUGACCGUAACGUGGGCGAGAUUGCGGAUUGGUUUGAGAAGCAGGGGAGGUCGUAG